GCCUAUCGCCAUUUUCCGUCAAGCUCUCAAGUCAGCUACUGUCAGUUGUUGUGUUUGUGUGUGGUGUUAUGAAAAAUUAUUAGUACCGAUGAAUCUCAAUGGGAAAUUGUGUUGAUACCGACGCCAAACGAUGGCUAGUUUAUUGUGUUUGUGGCUUUAAUGCACCGUUGGCUGAGUGAUGAUGGCCGAGUGAAUAAUAAAGUGAAGUGUUUUGCGUAUGCUGGGCUGCCGCAGCAACAUCGGGCUCCAUUCUCUGGAUAAGUCGUCCACAAGACGAGAUAAGCUUUCUAAACUGGAAGGGCACCAUGUCGGGGAAAAACAUCCCAGGAGACAAGAUAAACCUCCGCUUGAUCUUGGUGUCUGGUAAAACGAAGGAGUUCGUGUUCAGCCCGGUAGACUCGGCCGGCGACAUAGCAGUUCAUGUUUACGACAAUUGGCCAGAAGCGGACUGGGCGACGGAGCUGGUGUCCCGCGCGGAGAUCCUGCGGCUGAUCUACCAGGGGCGGUUCCUGCACAGCUCGGUGACGCUCGGCGCGCUCGGCCUGCCGCUCGGCCGCACCACCGUCAUGCACCUCGUGCCGCGCGAGCACCUGCCCGAGCCCAACUCGCAUGAUCAACGACAGAAAAGUAAAGGCGGCUCGAGCAGUUGUUGUUCGGCGUCGUGCUGCAUAUUGUAAUGGGUGCGAGCGGGAGGGCCGAGGUGCGAGAGAGACGGGUUGUACGCAGGACUCAUGUGUUCAGUGCUAAAGUCAGGAUUCCAUUCGCCCUUAUUAUGUAGUUAAAAACUUGUGAUGUUUUUUAAAGACUCGCUUCUAGGAAAAUGGCGACACGUAGCUCACGUUCGUUUCGUUUUAAUUUCUCGAUUCGCUAGCACGUUCAUUUUCGACGCUACUCUAAUUAUGCACAAGUUAAAAAUUAACGAAAUUUAUCAGCGCACAUCUCGAAGCGACUCUUGGAAAUAUCGCAAGCCGAUGUCGCUGCGACUCGCUGUGGUUAUAAAUCGAGGGUAGCUUAAGCGAAUUUUAUAUCUCACCGCAUAAUAUAGAUCAUCGUAGUUAACCGUUCGGACGGAAAUUGGUAUGAAAAUCGAAUUGACGAGCGUCGAGUCGGGUCGGAUCUGUGAGGCUCAUAAUAUGGAGGCUCGUGACGUCAUCCCUGCAAUAAAUACAAAGUUUUAGUAUUAUAUCAAGGCCAUUAUGAAUUUAUAUAAAGUUAACGGAGAUAUUUAUAAAAAAUUAAAAUGACAAAUUAUUUAGUGAAAAACCGGUACGGAGUAUAAAUUAUUCUCGUUUGCGAUGUAAAUAGUGUACUCGUAUAUUCGUUAAGUGAACGUAACGGCUAUAUAUUUCAUUUGUGAUAGGUUUACGCGGCGGUUUGGCAAAAAAGUGUAGAAUGUUACAGAGUCCAGAUGCAACGGGGCCCGCAUAGAUGGCGCCACAUUCUGCUAUUUUCUGUCGGGCUGCUCUAGAAUUGUUUUUAUAUUUUACGGCGCUAGGUGUAGUUCUGUCGGCUCCCGCGGCGGCCGGUGCUGUUCGCGAACCGGGUACAUGUAAGGAACCUACUCAGUCCUCACCCCGACUGUCAUACAUAAAACAAGCAUUCACUUCUAAUAAUAUAUUCCUAGCUGUAUCUUUCAUCCGAUUUGUCGAAAAUGAGGUUUUAUGCUGAUAUUAGUGAUUUUUUCCGUUUUCUCUGCUUUAUAAAUUAUUGAUCUUUAUUUUUAUCACCAAUGCUCGAAUUUUGUAUAUGACAGUCUUUCUAUGUUACUUUGCAUAUUGUUUUCGGUCUUUAUUAUAUGUCUUUAUUUAUUGUUGUCCUUUACAGGUUUUAUAAUGCCUCCUAGCGUUACCACCUCCCAAAAUGCUUUGUAAAUAAUGGACGGAGCUUUUUAUAUUAUUUUUAUUUACAUCACAUGUACUGGCCAUUUAUUUACCGAGUUUUUGCUUAGUUGUUUAAGUACGUUAAUCGGUUUAAGUUUGAGCUAUCGACUAAAUUUAUUCGGCUUAGCCCCUACUUUUUGUUAAAUUUUCGAGUUCUUAGCUGUCUACGAUCUGAGUUUUGUGAUAUAGUACAAAUACAAAUGCAUACUUGUCAGAGAAUGAUUCUCAGCAGUAUUAUAAGACUAAAGUAGCCGACGUGUUCAUAUGUUUUAGGUUGGCGCCAAUAAAAAUUGACUAAAUAUUCUAUUUUUAUCCUUAGUUUUAAAUUAGAAACCUAUGAGAUAUAAAUUGAAAAAGAAAACACUGCAUGAAGUAACCCAUAACCAUUUAGGCACGUGCAAUAAAUAAAUUUAUAAAAGGAGCGCCAAUAGGUUUUAUCGAAUGAAAACUGUUGCUACACCGUUUCCGAACGUGUUACCAAUCUUGCCAACUUGUAUUACGAUUCGAAAGGAAAUCCGUUCAUAGCGAGUAGGUGUAGCAAUGUUUUACAAAAUCUCCUGAACAGAUGUAUGAAUGAGUUUUUUAUUAUUUUGGUUACUGUUUAGUUGCUGUAAUCUGUAUGUAUGUAUUUUGUUAAGUUGUGUAAAAUACCUAGUUAUAAUUAAAAUUUAAUUUCAAACUGA